CAGGAAGGAAGUGUCACACAUUGUUUGCUGCAGUUGUUGCAAUGAUGUGAAUUGAACUUCCUUAUACUUCAUUGCACGCGUUUCCUUUGUUGAAUCUUGUAGGCGGAUAUCGCAGGAAUACAUAAGAGUGAAAGAUGGGCUACAUGACAGUGGAGGAGCACAGCUCCACUUUGCUCCACCUGAAGAGAUCCCCGGGCCUUCGUUCAUGGUCCCUUCUUGUUGGUAUUGCAUCAGUUGGGUUGGCAGCUGCAUACUACAGCUCAGACAGCAUCCUGUGGAAGCUUUUCUACGUGACCGGCUGUCUGUUUGUGGCCAUGCAGAACAUGGAGGAAUGGGAGGAGGCUGUGUUUGACAAAACCAAGAACCUGAUUGAGCUCAAAACCAUUAGCUUGUACACUUCAGUCCUGACACUGUGGAGGAAGGGGCAAGAGAGAGUGGUGUUGGAUUUGACACAGCUGUGUGAUAUUUGUGUCCAAGAGGAGAGGGUACGGUAUUUGGGGAAGGGUUACCUGCUGAUGCUGCGGCUGGCUGCGGGCUUCUCCUACCCCCUCACUCAGAGUGCCACACUGGGGGGACCUGGUGAAGUGGAGGCAGUGGCUGCUUUACUGAAGCGCUUCGUUGGGCUGGAGGAGCUGCAGCAAAGCAGGCAGCAGAAGGAAGAAGAUGAGCUCGGUGAGGAAGAAGAUUUUUUGGACAACAGCAGUGAUUCGGAUGAUGAAGCUGAUGAACUCUGAUCUGUGACUUGCAGCCUUCCUGUAUUUCUAACUCUGGGAGGAUGGAGGGGCAUUAUGGCAUUGUUGGGCAUUAUAGAGGGUAUGUUUUUGGUGAUGCCUUUAUUACAUGUUGUAUGUGAGUGCAUGUGUGAGGUAAGGUUAUAGCAGCCUAGGGAUACUACAGUAAAACAUUUUUUUAAUUUUCAUGUGAAGCAGGAUGGAAAUAUCCUACUUACAUUAUUUUGUCAUGCACACAUUAAGUUAAAUCAGAGUUUUCUUAAUAAAAUAAGUUACCAGAAAUGUGCCCUCGCUGCACUCCGAAUGCAGCUCUCUGUAAAUUGAUAUCAUAUCUCAGCUUUUUGAUGUUAUUGCUAUCUGAGAAUACACUCCAGAAAACAGAUUUACUGUGCCUUCCUAUUGCACUCUAAUGGGUGUUUAUGUGUAAAAGUCAAUCGAAAGUGCCUUUCCCACGGUUUGGCCCACCCAGCUGAUAAUCACCUUUUGCAUGUUUAUACCAAGGCUGCAAUCCGGAUGAAUGCAUGUGCAAACUGUAAUCAGACAGGCUCAGUCAAGAGUGAAUUAUGUGUGAAAUUACUGGGCAGCUGUGGUUCUGUCUUGUAACAUUUUAGAAAAAUUUUUGUGGACCAAAGACUACAUUUAAGGCCACACCUUGGUGAUUUAAAGUAUUUUUCAUUGUGUAUUGAUUCAGGGCUGUUUCACUUAUGUCAGUUUGUGCUGAGUGAAAGAAGAAUCUGAAUCUUUUUAGUUGACUGUUGGUUGAUUUUUAUUGUCUUUGUUUACUUCAUUUCAUUUGCAAAACAAUAUAAAACUCUUUUGAAUACAAA